AACAUGGAAGUUUUAGUAUAAUAUGCGCAUGCGCUGUAGGUGAACAUAAACAACCAACGUGCUGUGUGUGUAUGCAGAGUGUGGUGGUGUGAUCAUGAGAUGAAAAGGCAAGAUUGAUAUUUACCACCACUCAAUACGGUAUUAAAAAUGUUUGUGCUAGAAAUGACAUGAAAUUGAGGUAUUAUUCACUGAUAAGCAAAAUACUAUUUGUUUUGCAUUAUGCCAUCUGAGUCGAACAAUCCUAGGCCUAGCUCAGGUACCGUUGGCUUUACCGACGAGAACCGCGGCUGUGGGCAAGAUAUGGUAGCUAGUGCUCCUGCUGUAGAUGUAAGGCCGCCGAGAAACCAAACUCGCCUGAAGCCAUGGCAGCAGAUGGUGUCGUCCUGUACUGGAGCUAUAUUGACAAGCUUAACAAUGACACCAAUGGAUGUUGUGAAAAUAAGGUUACAAGCACAGCAGAAACCAAUGGUCAAUGGUCAGUGUUUUUUGUAUUGCAAUGGGUUGAUGGAUCACCUAUGCACCUGUAUUAAUGGUAACACUGGUGUACGACCAUGGUACAAGUUACCAGGACAUUAUAGUGGUACUAUGGAUGCAUUUAUUGGUAUAGCAAGGAAUGAAGGUAUAACAGCAUUGUGGAGUGGCUUGCCUCCAACUUUAUUGAUGGCAGUGCCACAGACGGUUAUGUAUUACACAGCUUAUGAUCAACUCAAAGGCAUGAUGGGAUUCCAAGAUGCUGAUAACCAGAGCUUGCUUAUACCAAUGGUAGCUGGUGGCAUCGCUCGAGUUGGCGUUGUGUCAUUGAUAAGUCCUCUGGAGUUGAUUCGAACCAAGAUGCAGUCGCGUGUUCUAGGCUACCACGAGUUGAAGGACUGUAUCAAAACAGCUAUCAAAGAAGAAGGUGUAUCCUCAUUGUGGCGAGGCCUGCCGCCAACUUUACUCAGGGAUGUUCCUUUCUCAAUGAUACUGUGGGUGGCUUAUGAAUAUUUCCGAACAAAACUAUGUCAUUUAUAUCAUAUUCCUGAGCCAACAUUUGUAGUAAGCUUUACUGCUGGUGCAAUAUCCGGAACAAUUGCUGGUGUGUUAACAUUACCAUUUGAUGUUGUAAAAACCCACCGACAGAUAGAAAUGGGUGAAAUUGAAACUAAACGAAGUUCUGCUGCUCAACUUACUACUACCAAAGAUAUUGUUCGUCGCAUCUACAUGGAACGUGGAAUGCCUGGACUAUUUGCAGGUAUAACACCAAGGAUCCUGAAAGUAAUGCCGGCCUGUGCCAUUAUGCUAGGAAGUUAUGAAUUUGGAAAAUCAUUCUUUAGAAAGUACAAUUCUGAAAGGACUAAAAAAUCAGAAUGACUUGCAAGUUCUGAAGUGCUUUUUAUUUAAUUUUGAAAGUGAUUACAAACUCACUCCAAAUGCUGUGAAUCCCAUGAAAUUGUGAUUUAUUUAAGUAUGAUUGGUCGAUUUGUUUAAAAGGUGUUCAGUGAUGGUUUGAACCUACACAAUAUAUAUGUAAGCAUCUUUAUUGUUUCAUCACAAGUCAUUUGGUAUAUAUAUUUUUUAAUAAAAUGUAUAAUAAAUAAAUUACCCAGUUUUU